AUGGUCAUGAAAAAUACAAAACAGUCCGAGGAAGCAUGCUCUCUGAUGGUAUGUGGUAAGUGGAGUAAAGAAAAUCGAUCCAGAAUCAGUUACGUUGCAAUUUGUUCGUUACAACUUGAUAAAAUGUCCAGUGCGGGUAUUGAACGAAGUGACAGAUUAAAAAUUGUUGAUGAAGAACUUUUAUCAUUUUAUCAAUAUUGCGAACAAGCUGGAUUUUCUCAAUCGGAAAUGGAAGUUAUUUGCGCUCCGCUGACUUCAGCUUUUCGCCAGAGAGCUGUUAAAAAAAUAAUCAAAAUCGGAUUAUUCAUAACAGGAAUAAUAAUAUUUAUUUACGCAACAUCCGAAGCGUACAUGUAUAAAAAUCAUUUUUACGCUCUUUCAAGGUUAGCCAUGAUAAAAUUACUACCAUUUUGGGAUUGGACUUCAAUGUUUUAUAAAUCCUGCUUGAUAUCGAAUCCAUUUUUCAAAAGCUAUUCAUUAGAUAUGAAAGAUUGCAUUUCGUGUGAAUCGUUUGAAAAAAUCGAACGAAUAUCCGAAGUUUCAUUCAAUAAUUUGGUUGAUGAUUACAUAAGCCGAGAUUUACCGGUAAUCGUUGAGGACGCCAUGUUUUCUUGGCCGAUAAUGAACACGGAUUAUUUUUAUUUUCAAAAUAUAACGGAUGCUUAUUUGAACAACGAAAAAUUAUACGACACGGUACCCUGCGUUUUAGUAUCGAACAUAAGAACCGGAUCGAAUGAUUUAUUACCAUUUUUAAAAAGGAUUAAAAAUCCGAGAGCGGAUAAAUGGUUCGUACAUUGGCAAAAUUGCGACAUAAAUGCGGUUAAAGCACUUAGAAAAUUUUAUCAGCGUCCUUAUUUUUUAUCGACUUCGGUCGCUCCGGCUCAUUUUAAUUGGAUAUUGAUGUCUUCUGACUAUAAAACGAAUUUGUAUAAAAAACUAGAAUUAGAUUCCGGACUCAUUAUAUUGGCACAACUUCGUGGAUCGACUUCGUUCAAAUUAAUUCCUCAUCAUCCUUGUAAUGAAACAUGUCCGCAACUUAUUGAAAACCUUAAAGAAGGUGAAAUGUUAGUUUUUACAAAUUUUUUAUGGGCUUUCGAAUAUUUUCCUGGAAAACACAUGGAUAAUAUUGCUAUACUCACGGAAACUAUUUGGGAAGAUACAUUAAUAGUUUAA